UCCUCCCCGCAACCGCUAGAUUCAGCGAUCCCGAACCCAGUCUCUCUCGGACUGUUCUUUAACUUGAUCCUACGGACCUGCCAGUACCUCACUGGGUACCGAGAGACAGUUUGGAACGGUCUCAUCGCGGAUUGAGGACGAUUUGAAGCGGAUGGCGACUCCUUCAGCGAGAAUUUAGUAAAAGAAAGGUGCUCGGAAAUGUCAGAUGCUGCGGUACCUUUGAUCUCAGCAUCCUGGAAAUAGAAAUCACGGAAGAGGCUGGUCCUUCAUCACUUACAGGCUCAGUGUCUAGCAGUGCCGUUUCUGAAGCAGGACAGUCUGGGGAAAAGACGGUGCCGCAGUGCACCUGUCCAGCAGUGGCUGUGCUGGGUGGCACCUCCGCGGCUGCGCAGAAUGUGGCCGGGCCACCCCAGCAUGCCCUGCAGCCAGUCGCAGCUGCCCCUCUACCACUGUCAUCGGUUCACAUUGCCACUGGAUCUAAGCAGCAGAAAGGAGACUCAAACGCUGCAUAUACAGAACAAACCAUCACUGACGCUCAACGACACAGCGGUACCAAGAAACCAGAGGAGCUAUCAACUUUGUGUCAUAAAGAAACAGUCUCAAGAGGACUGGUGUCAGCUUCUGCUAAAGAAUUGCAAAAGCUUUCAAACACAUUGGGGGGUCAGACUCCCUCAGAUAGACUUUUUGAAAGUGGGACGACAAUUAUUGCAAAAAAACAGGAUUUGCUUUACGGGUGUAACACAGAGAAAACAAGCCUUGCACACAGGGAGACUGAUAUGGCGGAGGGAUCCAGCACAGGCCACUGCCAAGAUUGGAGCAAACAACUUGGAGAUGCAGGGGAUGUCUCUGUUGCUAAUGAGACAGAAAAGGGCCCCUUGCCUCCAGAGACAAUCAAAUUGGAAUACAAGCCCAAUAUUAGUCUGGAGAAGACACCUGGAAAGCACACACCUGGAGAGAGCCCUUGUAUUCCAACAACUGAAGUCAUCCCAGCAGUUUCAAGUGCAGUUAAGACAACAGACAGAGACGCCCAUCAGACUACCCUGUCAUUUGAGUUUAGUGUCCCACAGGAACAAAGUACGACAAAUUCAGCUAAGGCUUGUAAACUUAAUGACUCUAAGGAGACUACGGAAGAUGUUGCAAAAGAUCUACCUAAAACAAAAGAAGGUGACAUUUGUCCAGCUAAAAAAACAGCUGAGGGAGCACGACAGGGUUUUAGUGGAAAUUCUUUCUGCUCAGGGUAUUCCUCAUCAAAGCAAGGAGGACCUUACUCUGCACAGCACAUUACCCCAGACAAUGGAAACAACUUGCCAAUCAACUCCAGUGAGGGUUAUCCUCCAGAGGACUGCAGUAACAGAAAGCAGGGGUCUGAAUUGGUGUCUGCUACACAAAGAACCACCCUCCCUAAUGCAAGACACCAAUUUAAAACACCUAACCUGCCCACCCUGCUUGAGAAUACGAAGUCUGCGCAAGAGCUAAGUUCUCAGCAAAUUAACUUAAGUGAAAUCCCCAAAACGUUUCAUUUAGGUAAAGAGACUGGUGCAAAGGAGGGAGAAGGCAAUGAUAACCUCCCUGUACAUGGAGAUCUGUGUUCUAACUUGGCUGCUAAAGAUGUAUUUCAUAACAUUUCUGUUGAUGUACCAAAGCUGUCUGUGGAUGGGACAUGCACGAACAAUGUGCAAAUCCCCAUAGUGAAUGAAGGGUCGCAUAUCAUGGUUUGUGGCUUGUCAGAUAUGAUUUUGAAACAGAAUGACAGUGCCAAUCGGAUAGAAAUAUCCAUGUCCUCAAAUCACCAACAGGAUGGGGGCAUUCCGCUUGCUCACGCAGAGAACUGUGUGACUUCAGAGGGACUAGAAUCAGAUCAGCCAAGUCCUUCUCAGGCCAGCAUUGACUGUGUGGUCCAACAAGUACAAGAGUCCAUUCCAGCAGAUCAUAAACUCUCACAGAUACAGAUAUGCCUGAAUGACACACCAGGUAUUGUGAAUGUUGAAGAGAGGCAGGAGAGUGCAGAGGCUUUGUCUGAAAUCGACGCUGUUGGGGUGAAAGAUCUGAUUAAUGUUGGAAUUUUAAUGCAGCCAGAUAUGGAGGAUACCUGGUUGGUCGUAAGCGAGAUCGAUGGGCAGUGCGAGGGCACAGAGCCCAGCGCAGAGUCUCUGGUGCAGUGCCCUGAAUCCCAGUCAGCUGUUGCUGUAUAUGAGUGCACUAUGCCCUGCUUUACCACAACUGCCGUACACAGUGAUAUUAAGCUACUGUUACCUGAAAAAGAAGAGGAAGAACUUGCAGUUAAACAAGUUCCUGAACCAAUGGAAACAUUAACGCAAGAGUACACACCACAGUUCUCUCAAGCCCAGAGUAAUCUAGACUCUCAGACCUCAUCUGACCCUAAUACUCUAAAACCCACACAAGAGUUACCCACCAUGCCCACAGUAAUUAUCAAGGGAAAUGAAGAUUCAAGUCAAACUAAUCUUGCAAACACAGUGACAGAGUUUACGCCCACUCUGAUAGACAACACACUUGACUCUGUGCCACAAGAAUCUGUUGUGGUGGUGGAAAAUACACCAGGUGUGUCAUUAAUUUCAUUGUCUUGCGACACAAUUGAUCCAAAACUACUGAUUUUAAAAAAGGGUGACAACCCUUUCCUUAAGCCCCCUCCUUCCCUGUCUGCUAGGAUCUCAACUACACAGAACUCCCCUGUCCAGGCUGCUACCCCCAGUGAUGGAUCACAUAAAGCUUCAGAGUGCCUUGCUAAAACUGAUUCAACUGCAGACUCUCUGCAUGAUAUCACCUCCAACAUUAAGGCAGAUGCCACGUUACCUGCUAAACACCUUGUCUCAAACAUUCUCUCACAGUCCUCUCGGACUGUUCCCUCAUAUAAUGUACUUUCAAAGAACAGCUCUGUUAAAGAAAACUUAAAUAAAUCAUAUUGUUCUCAAUGGUCGGACAAGAUGCUUCAGAAUGAAUCCUCUGCUAAUACUUCUUUAUCAACAGUACAACUUCAUAACUCACAAAGCCCUCCUCCAUCCUGUGGAGAUGAGUGUGGUACUGUAUCCUGUGUUGACCCGGAGGGGAAUAGGACUAAACAAUCUCCAGCCAAUACACCAUGCCAAGACUCAACAUCUUUGGGGGGUGAACUGGAGUUGGAGCAGCAGCAGUCACCAGAUGAGGAUUUGUCAACAAUGCAAGAUGCUCAGCACGCUAUCCUGGAGCCACUUGAAGAAAGCAGUGAUGGUGAGGUUGACAGUUCCAUGGAGGUCCAGAAUGAUGAUAGCAAUGCUAUGCCCAGUCCAGCACCAAACAAGCAUGUGCAGAGCAGGACAGACAAACAAGGCUUAUUAUUGAAGGUUUGCCAGUGGAUUGCAGGCAAGGUCACAGCAGGCUCUACUCCUUCCACUUCUCCUGUUCCAUGUCCAUCUCCAUCUCCCUCAUCCAGUGACUGGAUACGUUCCCACUCAGAUAGAGUCUCACCUGUACAAAGUUCUAAUGGCAAAAACACACACUCCACUUCCUCCCAGGGUUCUGGUGGCUGUUCUCAGUCAGAGCAAACAACCACCCCCAAAUCUCGCUCGGAGAAGCAUACAGACAUGGCAGAACUGGCAAAACAUGAAGCAGAAAUAGAACAUCGGACCCUUGCCCUAAAACGUGAAGGUUUCUGGUCCCUUAAACGUCUGUCUCGCUUAACAGAACCAGUACGGCCCAAAAUUCAGUGGGAUUACCUGUGUGAGGAAAUGCAGUGGCUUUCUGCAGACUUUGCACAAGAGAGACGAUGGAAAAGAGGAGUAGCCCGAAAAGUUGUACGGAUGGUAAUGCGCCAUCAUGAGGAGCUGAGGCAAAAGGAAGAGAGAGCAAAACGUGAGGAGCAGUCCAAACUGAGGAGAGUGGCUUCUUCUAUUGCCAAGGAGGUCCGCGCCUUCUGGAGCAGUGUUGAGAAGGUGGUCCAGUAUAAACAACAGUCCAGACUGGAGGAGAAGCGGAAGAAGGCCCUAGAUCUUCAGCUGGAUUUCAUUGUGGGUCAGACAGAGCGUUACUCUGACUUGUUAAGUCAGUCUCUGCAGGCUGCUCCUGUACACAGUUCGGAGAACGCAGCUGUUGCCCAACAAUCACAGUUGAGUGCUGUUGAAGAAGAUGAUAGAGACUUUGAGCCACCGUGUGAGGAGGAUGAUGAUGAAGAGACCAUAGAGGUAGAGGAACAGCAAGAGGGAAAUGAUGCAGAGACACAGAGAAGAGAGAUAGAGUUACUGAGGCAAGAGGGCACUCUGCCUCUGGACCAGCUACUCAGUACUUUAACUCUCCCCCAGGAUGUUAAUUUAAGGGAAGAGGCCUCAGAUACUUCCUUCUCUACGGUUGAAGAUGAAGACAAGGAAUUCUGUGCAAAUGAAGAAGAUGCGGAAGAUGAAGAGGACACCAUUGCAGCCCAGGAAAAUAUUGAAGGAGAUGGAGAUCAUGCAGAGGAACUUGAUGACCUUGCUAGAGAGGGGGAACUGAGCAUGGAAGAGCUGCUGGAGAAGUACAGAGGAGCAUAUGCCUCUGAUUUUGAGGAACCCUCAACAUCACCAGACUCCUCAGAAUCAGAGGGCACUGAGGAGGAGGUGGAGGAAGAAACUGAGGGAGAGGACAGCAUUGAUGAAAGCAGCUACUCAGAUUCCCAAGCUGCUGUAAUCAGUGAUGAUGAAGAAGAAGAGAAUGAGGUGCAGGAGAGUGAAGAGGAGGAUGAUAAUGGGGGAGAAGGGAUGGAAGUUCUGCUGAGAGAGGGAGACCAUAGUCCCACUGUAACUACAUCUCCACGACCCAAGAAGGAGAUCAGCCACAUUGCUGCUACUGCUGAGAGCCUUCAACCUAAGGGAUACACACUGGCAACAACAAAGGUCAAAACACCUAUUCCAUUCCUACUUUAUGGCACCCUGCGUGAGUACCAGCACAUUGGACUGGACUGGUUGGUCACCAUGAACGAGAAAAAACUCAAUGGAAUUCUUGCAGAUGAAAUGGGACUUGGCAAAACCAUUCAGACCAUUGCUCUGUUAGCUCAUCUAGCAUGUGUAAAAGGAAAUUGGGGUCCACAUCUGAUCAUUGUGCCCACCAGUGUAAUGCUCAACUGGGAGAUGGAGUUGAAACGUUGGUGUCCAGGAUUCAAAAUCCUCACAUACUAUGGCAGCCAGAAGGAGCGCAAACUCAAGAGACAAGGCUGGACCAAACCCAAUGCUUUCCAUGUAUGCAUUACCUCGUAUAAGCUGGUGUUGCAAGAUCAUCAGGCUUUUAGACGCAAGGCUUGGAGGUACCUAAUUCUGGAUGAAGCGCAGAACAUCAAGAACUUUAAGUCCCAGCGCUGGCAAAGCCUGCUCAACUUUAACAGUCAGAGGCGAUUGUUGCUCACAGGAACACCUCUCCAGAACAGUCUAAUGGAACUGUGGUCUCUUAUGCACUUCCUAAUGCCGCACGUCUUUCAGUCCCAUCGUGAGUUCAAGGAGUGGUUCUCCAACCCACUGACUGGUAUGAUUGAAGGAAGCCAGGAGUAUAACGAGGGCUUGAUCAAACGGCUUCACAAGGUGUUAAGACCCUUUCUGCUGCGCAGAAUCAAAGCAGAUGUGGAGAAACAAAUGCCCAAAAAAUAUGAGCAUGUUGUGCGCUGUCGACUCUCCAAAAGACAGCGUUUUCUCUACGAUGACUUCAUGGCCCAGGCCUCGACACGAGAGACUCUGGCAAGUGGCCAUUUCAUGUCUGUGAUCAACAUCCUAAUGCAGCUGCGGAAAGUGUGCAAUCACCCCAAUCUGUUUGAUCCAAGGCCCAUACAAUCUCCCUUCAUCACAAAGCCCAUCAUCUAUUCUACUGCCUCACUGGUUCAGGAGGCCCUUGAAACCUCACCUUUUGAACGCUGUGAUUUGUCCUUGUUUGACCUGGUUGGUCUGGAGCGACGUGUAUCUAGAUACCAGGCAGAUGUUUUCUUGCCUCAGAGGAAAGUGACACAUCAGCUUAUUCAGGAAAUUAUGGAUUCCCCUGAUCCUCCACCCAGACCAAAGCCUGUUCGCAUGAAAGUCAACAGGAUGCUCCAACCUCUUCCUAAAUCUGACGGGCGCUCCACAGUGAACAGUCCACGACCCGCAUGUCCCACCCUCACUGCGGUUCAGACUCCAAAGCCGCCUCUAAUCACAGAGGUCACCACUUCCCAGGCUCCCUCCCAGCCAUCACCUCAAGUUUGCCCUGUUAAUCCUGUCACUGCUCCGAGAGCUCCAGUGGGUCCUAGCACUGUCCCCUCCAGUGCUGCAAUCAGGCCUCCAGCCCCCCACCCAGUGACUAUACGCCCCUCAACACCCUCCAGCAUCACAGCUGUGGCCACUCCCCCUCAGCCAGCAAGCAACCUUAUGACUCAGAGGGUUCUGCUCAGCCCAGACAUGCAGGCUCGGUUGCCAUCUGGAGAGGUGGUGAGUAUUGCUCAGCUGGCAUCUUUGGCCGGUCGGCCAGUGUCGUCCUGUCAGGGCAGUAAACCAGUCACCUUCCAGCUUCAGGGCAACAAGCUCACACUUUCUGGGACUCAGCUGCAUCAAGUCCCUGUGCCCCAACCACGACCCAUCCAAGGAAAUGUAAUGCAUCUGGUUUCCAGUAGUGGGCAGCACCACCUUAUUAGUCAGUCAGCUCAGGUGGCAGUUCUUCACACUGUUAGUCAGUCAGGUAGCAGCUCAGCAAUUCCCCACCCAGCCAGCACAACCCCAUCCUGCUCUGGAAUAGCAGUACCUUUCACCGCUACUCAAGUCCCAUCAUCCAUGGUAAGUGGACCCGGAAUUGUAAAGAUUGUUGUUCGUCAGGCAGCAAGUAAAGAAGGAGGGUCGGUCCCCACUCUGGCUGUGCCUCCUUCUCCUCGUCCUGCUCCUCCUCAGUCAGUCACCCUUCGUCCACAUGGCACCCCAAGCCCUGCUCUUAGAACGCCUACUUCACAGCCCUCACAACGGCCUCCGGUUUAUGCUGCUCCUCCCCGAACUGUUGCUUCAUCUCAGACACCACCCGCUCGCCCUGUGUUGAGAGUGGUACAGGGACCAGCUACAAAAACAGAACCAGUAGCGAAAGUGAAUUCAUCAUUAGGACAUGAGGACCGUGAGGACCGUGGUAGUGAUGUUAUUACUUUGCGCAUGAGCACUCCUAAGCCUGCAUCCUCACCUCAGAGCAGUGGGUCAACAUCUCAGCGUCCCCGCAUUCAACCGCCACCUCCACCACUAUCCCCCUUCUACAUGUCAUGGAUUGCAGACAGCCGAAAGGCUCAACGAGAUAGCAGAAUAUCUCAGAUCAUCCGCAUCAACGAUCUGCACUGCAGUGCUAAGCCUGUGUAUGGCCAUGAGGUGCUGGACUUCCUAACCUUCCUCCCAGGCCCUUGUCAGUCCCCAGCACGUCCUGUUCUGGACAACUGGACUUACUCUGGUUACAGCUCCUGCCUCACUGCUCAAUCACACCAUCACAAAGAUUACCUGGAAAAGAGUGAAGUCCUGAAAGAAGCCAUCCAUAACUCAGAUGAGAGACUUAAACAUCUCUCUGAGGUCAUGGACAGGUUCACUUUUAUCAUUCCUCCAGUGGAGGCAAAACCUAUCACCAUGCACAGCUGCCACCCACCUCCAUCCCUCAGACAUCAGCAGACUGUAUUCUCCUCCUUUCUAUCUUCCCGUCUAUCCCCACUCACACAUACGCUCCAUCGCAUCCAGUGUAACAUGAGGACACAUUUCCCUGAUUUAAGGCUUAUUCAGUAUGACUGUGGUAAGCUGCAGACACUCCACCUCCUGCUUAGAAAGUUGAAAGCAGGAGGGCACAGAGUCCUCAUCUUCACUCAAAUGACGCGCAUGCUGGAUAUACUUGAGCAGUUCCUCAACUACCAUGGACACAUCUACCUACGGUUGGAUGGGAGUACACGUGUAGAGCAGAGACAGGCCCUUAUGGAGCGCUUCAAUGCAGACCGUCGCAUAUUCUGCUUCAUUCUGUCCACCCGCAGUGGAGGUGUGGGUGUUAACUUGACUGGAGCAGAUACAGUGGUGUUUUAUGACAGUGACUGGAACCCAACCAUGGAUGCCCAGGCUCAGGAUCGGUGCCACAGAAUUGGACAGACUAGAGAUGUUCACAUCUACAGGCUAAUCAGUGAACGUACAGUUGAAGAAAAUAUUUUGAAAAAAGCCAAUCAAAAGAGGAUGCUGGGCGACAUGGCUAUUGAAGGUGGAAACUUCACCACAGCCUUUUUUAAGCAGCAAACUAUUAGAGAGUUGUUUGAUUUGUCAGACGGAGAAAGGAAAGAGGCUGAGUUAAGUGUGCCUCAGUCAGAUGAUGAUGAGUCCAUUAAUAAACAACAAACCACCAUUUUGGAACAGGCCCUGUGUCGAGCUGAGGAUGAAGAGGAUAUAGUGGCUGCAUCGCAAGCCAAGGCUGAGCAGGUGGCUGAGCUUGCAGAGUUUAAUGAGAAUAUUCCCCUGGAUGAUGGUGACAGCAGAGACCAGGAAGAGGAGGAGCUCUCCAAGGCUGAGCAGGAAAUUGCUGCCCUAGUUGAACAGCUCACUCCCAUAGAGCGAUAUGCCAUGAAUUUCCUUGAGGCUUCCCUAGAAGACAUUUGCAAAGAGGAGCUGAAGCAGGCAGAGGAACAGGUUGAGGCUGCAAGGAAAGGUUUGGAUCAGGCAAAGGAAGAAGGUUUGAAACUGCAUCAGUCAUCUGACAGUGAAGAAGAGGAUUCAAUAACUCCAAGAACUGAGGACCCAACUCCUUCCCGCCGCCCUCGCAAACACAAAGAGAAAGGUGCUCCCUCUACAAGGGUCAGCGGAAGGCUUAGAGGGACACCUGCUGAUGAAAUGUCCCUUACACAGCCAUCCCCAGAUAGGGAGAGAGGCAGAAGAGGGCCAUGGGUUAACUCUGAGCAUAGUAUGAACGAAACCCCAGGGCUCAGCUCCACACAUAUGUCACUCCUAGAAAGAGAAGUGCCUGAGAAGCUUCGCAGUUGUCUGCGAGGGCGAGGGGCAACCAAAGAAUCUGUGUCCCCUACAACAUCAGUAAACCAGAAAGUUCAAACCAACCAGCAGCUCUCAGAUUCAUCAAUAUUGUCCCCUGCAAUGCAGGUUUCAGAUCCAAAAAUCAGUGUGCCACCCUCCCCCCAGCUGCCAAUCUCCCCGUCAAGCUCUGUGCCUUCAGCUUCUUUAUCUCCUACAAUGGACAGAAACUCAAGCGGGCACCAGUCUUCAUUAUCUGCAGAAUGCAGAGAUGACAGUGAAGAGCAUGGGGGAGAGGCACUGUCUGACACUGUUCAAUAUAGUAGGAGAGAUAGAAGAACAUCUGCAUCAUCAGACUCCAUCUGUUCCCCUGAGCAUCAAUCUGAACAGGAUGGUCAGCUUUCCCUUUCUCCUACUCUGGCAUCACCUAACUCUCGCUUGGGACGAAAGCGACAGUCUGCUGAAAGCGAGAUCCUCAGGAGCCUUCCAGAAGAUUCUCCAUCAGCCAAGGUCCUUCGGAAACUUCCAGGUCGCCUAGUCACAGUGGUUGAAGAGAAAGAGCCAAAGCGGAGAAGGAGGGGAGUGAGUGGAAGUGGAGGAGCACAUACUGAGGGUUCAUCAGAGGAGAUUGAACAGUCUGAGGCAGUUACAGGCCCAGGCUCUCACUCUACUGAUGGAGCAAGUCAAAAUGUUAAAGACUCUCCUCCCAAACCAAUCCCCACAUCCUUAGCUUCCUCCCCACCACCACAAGACCAAGAACAGGUUUCCUCUCCAUCACAGUCUAGUACAGGGAGAGGACACCACCCCUGUUUCCCAACACACCAUUCUCCAGACAUGCCUGUUCUGCGAAACUUACCAGUGCGUCGGAGGCUAGAGACAGAGUCUCGAAUGGCUGCACAGUUAGGAGAGCAGUUUGUAGGAAGAGGUAGAGGGGUGGAUAGAAGAUCUGCCUUAUCACCAAAGAAACAAGAAAAUAAUUUAGACAAGGACAGUGUCACAAAUUCCACUGUUCAAAGUGACUCAAAUGUGAUCAAUCCUAUACCAGUGAAGCGCAAGAGGGGAAGACCUCCGAAAACACCCACAAUGGCACCAGAACUGCCCGAUCAGAAUAUACCCAUAACUCAAAAAACAAGCCCUGAACAGAGUCCACCUCACUCGCCAAAACGGAAAAGGGGUCGUCCCCGUAAAGAUUCCACCUCAAGUACAGCAGCAACUUGUAGUGCUGAAGAACCGCUAGACAUAGUUACAAGCUCGUCUCCAACUUAUAGUUUUACUAGUGCUCCUUCAUCCCAAGAGCCUAACUUGUCAACAUCCAAUGUUAUACCUGUGAUUUUGCCCACUGACAUCAAAACUCUACCAAUAAGCUCUCCAACUGUAAACCCCACUUCACCCUCAAAAGCUGCUGAAUUGUCAUCACCUCCUCAACCAUAUUCCCAAACAAACCAAUCCACUACAUGUGUUUUACUAUCAUCUGUGCACAGGGACUCUCAAAAUAAUGCCCAUUGUAAAUCAGAACUGUCUCAUAGUGAUACUCACACCAGUCUGAGCCCCAUAACUGCAUGCAUUGACUCUCAAACAAGUACAAUUAAAACUCCACACAGCACUUCUACAGCAAGUGUCUCUCAGACCAGUACAGCUUCCUCCCAUACACUACAGCUUCCAAGUCCUCACCAAGAGCCUUCAGCUAAUAUAGUCCCCAGCCAUGCCCAACAACAUACCCUUACUACCAUAUCUGUACUCUCUCUGACCAAUAAAAUCCCUGCACCUUCAGAAAUUGUAACUGUCUCAGGUGCAGAUGUAGAAGCUGAACAAAAUUCAUUCGCCGCUAAUCGGAGAAUGGGUCAUUUGCAGCACUCAAAUACAUCAACUCAAGUGGCUUCAAAAUCUUUAGACGGAAUUAAUAUGACUGCAGACUCUACACAGGCCUCUAUAGAAUCCAUAUGUAAUACAGCUGUACCUUCUGCUGCCCCACAUCAAACAUCCACCCAACCAAUUCCUGUACCUGCUUUGAUUUCUGAGACUGAUCCAGAAUCUUCUUCAUUUAAGACAGUUGUAUCAGAACCCCCUGUUAAACCUACUGUGUCAAUGGUUGUCCAGCAGUCUACACCUAAGCCUGAUCAAACAUCUGUUCCUCCCUCACAACCUCAAACAACACUAAUCCAAACAGCAAAAUAUUCUACACAUUCUUCACUCGCAUCAAACCAAAAGCCUUCCAAUUUUGUACAAUCCCCAUCUUCCCCCAAUCAGACAACAACAGAUUCUCUGCCCACUUCUCACAAUAGAAAUACAGAUUCUUCUCAACCCCAAAACAUGCCAAUGGAGAAUGUGACUGAUAGUCAUGAAGGCCAAAAUGAGGAGGUAGUAACAGAGGAAAUGGAAAUGGACUCCAUUGGUGAGGAUGAUGCAGGAAAAAAAGACGUCUUGUCUCAGCCAAAAAGAAGGAAAAUGGAUGCCGCCUCAGUCUUGAAAAUUGAGACCCAUGAUGCACCUAAGACUGAUGAACCUGAUAAGCCAUCAGAGGAGGACAGUCCUAGAGAAGACAAAGAGACUAGAACUUUGGCCAAAAAACGAAGCAUCAGUAGGCAAAGCAGCCAGGAGUCAGUCUGUUCCUCUUCCCCAUCUUCUGUAUCUUCCUGUGGCACAAGAUCACCUCGAUCCAAAAGGGCUGGAGAGGGCAUGAGGCCUGCAAAAAGGAAACGGGAGGAUAUAAAAUCUGAAAAUGAGAACGUGAAAGGGUCUGCCCAAAAACACCAGUCCAACUCUUCCACUUCUUCAGACUCUGAGGACUCUAAUAGCAGAAAUAGAUGUCUAACAAGAUCAGCCCAAAAGAAACUUGAGAAAGAUGGCAGAAUUACUAAAAAUAAUGAGAGCAAGAGACAAAAGGUGAGGUCAGACAAGAAGGGUCAAACCACCAAUACAUCAGAAGUGGACUCCAGUGGUGAAACCAGUUCAAGGGUAACCCGGAAAUCCACAGGCCCACAGUCUGUCUCUCAGUCCAACACUUUAGCCUCCCCUGAACCUGAGGUACUGGGAAAACGCUGUUCAGCCCUUAAUGCUGCAGCCAAACUUUUGGCCAUGAGGGGAAGAGGACCAGAUACACCCAGUCCCAGCCCCAAAAUGAAGGCAACUGGACAGCAAAGCAGGCCACUUUUCUCUGAAAAGAGCAGUAAACCCAAGAGCAAUACAGGGCAGGACUCUCCCAAGACAUGUAACAAUAAAGCAGAGAGUGGCAGACAAACCCCCAAUCAGUCAUCUGAAUCACCUCAGUCCUCUUCUGCUGCCCGGUCCACUCGGCAGCGACCGGGCAGCCUUGUACCUCCUUUGGAAACUGAAAGAGUUAAAAAAGAGGAGAAGAAAAAGAGAUCUGAUCUGAAGGAGGAAGGCGAUGAUGAAAAUAGAGAGACCAGGUCAUCAAGAGGUCAUAGUGCCUGUAGUAGUGUAAGCACUGAAAGAGAAGCAGGCAGCAGCAGAAGUCGGAGCAGCAGCAACAGCAGCCAACGCACCUACAGUUUGAGCUCACAGAGUACAGAGCCCUCCCACUCCCGUUCCAGAGCACCCUCCUCUGGUAGUGAUACAGAGAGAGCCAAAAGUAUUCGGGGGAGGAAUGGUGGAGGUAGAGGUAGGGAGAGCAGGAGAGAGAAGAGGUCCCAGAAACAUGACAAACCUGAACUGAGUGCUGGGUCAAGUGAUGGGACUCCUGACAGGGUUCUCAGGAGUGUAGCUGCAUUGGCAGCAGCUCAGGCACGUACUCCAGCUAGUAACACACGCUCUUCAUCCUCUCAACACCGGCACUCUAAGACAUGAUAGGCAGAGAAGAAACUAUCUCUAGGUGUAAACAAGGAAUUAGAUGAGAACUCCUGAGAGGAGAGAAGGCAGAUUUUAUGGAUUCAAGGAAAAGGGAUCAAGGAAAGUCCAUGGUUUAGCUGUAUGAGAGAAGACCGAAGAAAAAAAAAAAAAAAAAGAUUAUUGCAAUUGUGGUUUGAUCUGACCUCACCUUUUAUGCCCUCUCUGCUAUCUUAAGCCAUUUACAAUGUAGAAAAGGGUCUAUAGAAGCAGAACAAUGAUGAUGGAGAUUUUGCCACUUAUUUAAAAAUGUGUCCUAACAAUUUGAGUUAAACAAGAUAUUUCACCCUACUACAAAGACUUUGGAAUUUCAAAGUAGCUUGGCCAGAGGCAAGAUUUAUUAUUUGUUCACACUAUGUACUGUAAUCAUAAAAACUGAAAGACUGGAAUACUAUGUAAAGUAUGUAUUAGAUUAGUCGCAUAGAUUGUACACUUUUUACAGAGUUUACAAGUGCUGCAAACAGUAUUGAUGGGGAAGAAAUUGAUUAAUGCUACAUUUAACAAUUUAGUGGGGAUUGUAAAAUUUUAAAGUUUUUAGACUGUUGCGUUCUGGAAAAUGUUUGUCAGCUGUUUUUGACUAUUGCUUGUUUCAAGUCAGUUGAUAAAUUAAGAAAAUUCUAUAUCUUCCAGGUUAUGAAGAAGAGGGUAGGUCUAUAAAGGUGUUUUUGUUCUGCACUAUGCUGGAGUUUCUAUUUGCUUGGGUCACCUGUAUUGUAAUGUCUCAGUCCAUUACUUUUAAAUUCUGCUGCUGCCUGCUUUUCCCCAUUUGCACAUCUGAAAUGUUUCAGACGGUGGAGUGCAUUGUGAUUUUGGUGAUUUCUUUGGUGAUUUUUCUUUUCUUUCAGAACAUCAACUUGUCAUUACAUCUUUACUGGUACCUCGCGCUGCAUUCUGUAAGCUCUAUGUGUUUCUCUUGAGCUUGUGAUGAAUAUUGAAAUUUGCUUGUCAUUUGCUUUAUUAGCAUUACAGAAAUGGGAGACAACCUCUUGCUAUUUUUCAUCACAUUAUGAUCAUCUUUACACAUUAAAUUGUAUUCUCAAAGACAGAAUCUAAAAUUAGUUUGAUAAAAUGAGAGUGCCUGUUGAUCCAAACAAAGAUCCAUGUUAACGUAUAGAGGUUUGGGCAUCUGUAGUGAUUCUAAGUGUAAAAAGCUUUCCCAUCCUUCAUCAUAAAAACUCAUUUCUUGUUUAUGUGCAACCAAAACUGAAAUCAGUUAUUCAGUGAAAAUUGCUACUGUUAGCUAUUUUUAUUUCUGGAGUAUUGGUCAUUUUAUGAAGGGACUGAUUCUGGGUGGGUAGGAGACACCUGAAAGAACCUCUUAGAUGGUUUUUUAAUUUUAUUUUUUUCGCUGAGCAUUAGCAGUCAAGUGAGUUGUAAGAGAGUUUCCUUUGUCCAAAAAGGGCAGAGAUGUUUGGAGGGUAUUAGUAGAAUAUGGUGAUGGUCUUAUUUUCAUUUUGAUUUGUCUACUCUAAUUUGUUACAUUCCUUAUGUUCCCUUGUAAUUCCACAUUGUUUUACUUGAAAGAUUGAAACAAAAAUGUAAGUUGAAUAAAAAGACCAAAAAAUAUACAA